AUGUCUCACAGACAGACUCAGUCACCAAACCAGACUUUAAUUCCAGUCACAAAUGACACGGAAUCCUCAUCAAGCACUGUGAUGCCUAAUGAAAACACACAUAAGAGGAGGACCGGAGACAACUUCCCGGGAAUAGAAGCGUUAUGUGCGAUCUACACCACUUAUACUCUGCUGAUUUCCAUGGGCAUCCUCGGAAAUGUCAUUCUCAUCAAAGUCUUUUUCAAGUCCAAAGCCAUGCAAACAGUACCAAAUAUUUUUAUCACCAGCCUGGCAUUUGGAGAUCUUUUACUUCUGCUAACUUGUGUGCCCGUGGAUGCCACCCACUACCUUGCCAACGGAUGGCUGUUUGGGAAAAUUGGCUGCAAGGCACUCUCUUUUAUCCGGAUCACUUCUGUCGGUGUGUCGGUGUUCACCCUAACGAUUCUCAGCGCUGACAGAUACAAGGCAGUUGUAAAGCCUCUGGAGCGACAGCCUUCCAAUGCAGUCCUGAAGACCUGUAUCAAGGCUGCCUCUAUCUGGAUCCUGUCUAUGAUCAUUGCCCUGCCCGAGGCUAUCUUUUCAGAUGUCCAUACAAUUCCAUAUUCUGACAACAAUCCAGACUAUGAAGCUUGCACCUCUUACCCUGUUUCUGAGAGGCUUCUGCAAAAAAUCCAUGCUCUGCUCUGCUUUCUGGUGUUCUACAUCAUUCCACUCUCUAUUAUCUCUGUCUAUUACUUUCUGAUUGCUAAAACUCUCUACAAAAGCACCCUGAACAUCCCCACUGAGGAACAAGGACAUGCCCGAAAGCAGAUUGAAUCCCGGAAGAGGAUUGUCAAGACCGUGUUGGUGCUCGUGGCUCUGUUUGCGUUCUGCUGGCUGCCCAAUCAUCUCCUGUAUCUCUACAUUUCAUUCAGCAACUCGUCCUAUGGUGAUCCCACGGCCGUCAAUCUCGUAAUCACCAUUUUCUCCCGGAUUCUGGCUUUCAGCAAUUCUUGUGUCAACCCCUUUGCUCUUUACUGGCUGAGCAAAACCUUUCAGGGUCAUUUUAAAGCUCAGCUGUUCUGUUGCAAGGCCAAGGCACGGAAGCCCCCUACUAAUAACACCCCCACUAAUAAUCUUUCGGUGGUGGGAAGGGGUCCGGGGGCUGGGAGCAUCCAAAUGUCUGAGAUUAGUGUGGCCAUGUUCUCUGGGGGCAGUGUGAAGGCAGAAGAGGACAAACUUUAG